UUUCCCUCUCAAAACCCUAAAACCCUGAUCUUCGAAAACUCUUCUCGCUCUCUCUCGUCCCUCUCCGACUCGCUCUCCCUCCCCUCUCUCUCUCGCCAUGGCGGAGGUGAAGCUCUCAGAAACCCGGGACUUGACCCGAAUCGAGCGCAUCGGCGCCCACUCCCACAUCCGCGGCCUCGGCCUCGACUCCUCCCUCGAGGCCCGCGCCGUCUCCGAGGGCAUGGUCGGCCAGACCGCCGCCCGCAAGGCCGCCGGCGUCAUCCUCCAGAUGAUCAAGGACGGCAAGAUCGCCGGGCGCGCCGUGCUCCUCGCGGGCCAACCCGGCACCGGCAAGACCGCCAUCGCCAUGGGCAUGGCCAAGUCCCUCGGCCUCGAGACCCCCUUCGCCAUGCUCGCGGGCAGCGAGCUCUUCUCCCUCGAGAUGUCCAAGACCGAGGCCCUCAUGCAGGCAUUUCGAAAGGCGAUCGGGGUGAGGAUCAAAGAGGAAGCUGAAGUGAUUGAAGGCGAGGUCGUUGAGGUCCAAAUUGACCGCCCUGCCGUGGCGGGGGCUGCUUCGAAGACCGGGAAGCUGACGCUUAAGACUACAGAGAUGGAGACGGUGUACGAUUUGGGGGCAAAGAUGAUCGAGGCGCUGGGGAAGGAGAAGGUGCAGAGUGGGGAUGUUGUUGCGAUCGAUAAGGCGUCGGGGAAGAUCACGAAGCUUGGGAGGUCAUUCUCGCGGUCGAGGGACUAUGAUGCGAUGGGGCCGCAGACGAAGUUCGUGCAGUGCCCAGAUGGCGAGUUACAGAAACGGAAGGAGGUGGUGCAUUGUGUCACUCUCCAUGAGAUUGAUGUUAUCAAUAGCAGGACACAGGGAUUUCUGGCUCUGUUUACUGGUGAUACUGGUGAAAUUCGUGCAGAAGUGAGGGAGCAGAUAGACACCAAAGUGGCAGAGUGGAGGGAGGAAGGAAAAGCUGAGAUAGUGCCAGGAGUGCUCUUCAUUGAUGAAGUGCACAUGCUUGAUAUAGAGUGCUUCUCUUUCUUAAAUCGUGCUCUGGAGAAUGAGAUGGCUCCUAUAUUGGUUGUUGCUACCAACAGAGGGAUCACCACCAUUCGAGGCACAAACUACAAAUCCCCGCAUGGAAUUCCCAUUGACCUUCUGGACCGUCUUCUCAUCAUCACUACUCAGCCCUAUACUGAAGAUGAAAUUCGCAAGAUUAUAGACAUUAGGUGCCAAGAGGAGGAUGUUGAAAUGUCUGAAGAGGCAAAACUCUUGUUGACAAAGAUUGGAGUGGAUACAUCCUUGAGGUAUGCUAUCAAUCUCAUUACGGCUGCUGCUUUGUCAUGCCAGAAGCGGAAGGGGAAAAUUGUGGAGUUGGAGGACAUCACGCGAGUCUACAAUCUCUUUUUGGAUGUGAAGAGAUCGACACAAUACUUGAUGGAGUAUCAAAGCCAGUACAUGUUCAGUGAAUUUGGUAAUGCUGAGGAAGAUGAAGCCAAUGUGAUGAUUUCCUGAGGUAGUCCUUUAUCUGUAAUGAUGACCUGGUGGACUUGCAGUCUGACUAUUAACAUGUUCUGCUCAUGCACAAAAUGAUUCUGCCUUUGAAAUCCACGCUAAUUGCACAGUGGAUUCAAAUAUGUUAUUUCUGAAGAUGGUUUUGAGCCUAUGUUGCUUGACGAUUUUACCUUUUCAAUAUCGGUCAGAUCCAAAUGUGGGCAAUGCUUGGACUGUAGGCAUAGCAGCUUGUAGUUGUCUUGAUUUCUGGAAGUGAACUGGUCCGUUCACCUCCAAAGUGAGGUUCUUUAGGGGUGAUUGGUUUUAGUUGAUAGGUUCCCUGUUAGUACCAAUUCUUAAUUUCUUUUAACUUGAAAGUUACCAUUUUUGCCAUGGAACCAACUCUGGAGCCUAUCUUGUUUUUUGGUUCAACUACAGAGUUUACUC